GCCAUGUCUCUAUCCAUCUUUCCCAUCCCACGGGGACAGCAAACCAUCUCCCCCUAUCUUUCUGUCCCUCUGCCCCAAAUAAAGCGCGAUUAUUCAAAACACAACCGAAAAGAGAUCAACCACAUCACCUUCCUCGUUCACCUGAGUUCUCUUUCUUCUCCUCCUUUUUCUUUUUGGGGGAAGAGGGGUUCGAUGGUGUCCACCAUUUCGACGAGAUAGCCCUUUCCUUCCUUCUCCUCCUGACGUUCCUCUUCGAUUCCUUCGUGUUCUUUCGUCUCGCCCCAGCUUCCACCGGUCAAGGGAAGGGAUGGAGGAACCCACCCUCGCAUCUUGACAUUCCAUCUCCCCGAACUUUCCCGGGAAGAAACAAGAAGAAGAAGGAAGUAUCUUUCUUUUUUUGCGUGAAACGUUUCAAGAAUCACAAGGUCAUCCGAGCGACUCCCUUGGAUUGCCUUCUCAGAAUUUACCAUUCGGUGAUCAGCUGAUCUGCACGGAUUGGAGAGAGAGAGAGAGAGAGAGAGAGAGAGAGAGAGAGAGAGAGAGAGAGAGAGAUCUCGGUCGUCCUUGGUUCUCCCGGGAAAAAAACCAACUCCGAAUGACCCGCCAGAAAGUCAAGAAUCCAUCGCCAACCACGACACGUCAGGUCGUGCGCCGGCCGGCGCCGGUCAACCGCCGGGAGUCGCUCCUGAGCACCCCAUCGCCGACCCCCGCCGGUACCCGCCGUGCCCGGCUCGCCGAGGUGGCAGGCGCCUCCGCUGCUGAGUGCGCGGCCAUCUGGUGCUGCUGCCCAUGCGCCAUCGCGGACUUCUUCCUGCUCGCAGUCUACCGGGUGCCGGCAGGGCUGUUCCGCCGUGCCCUGAGGAAGCGCCGCCGCCGGAGGCUGACGAGGCAGGUGGCGUUCGCGCCCAAGAGGGAAGUCAGGAGCAGCAAGAAGUGCACGUCGGGGCACAACAGGGACGGGAAUGGCGCCGAUGAUGGGGAGGGCGCCGGCACGGAGAAUGCCUGGCCAGCGGUGAUAACACUGGAGGAGUUGCUGGAGAUGAGGGGCGGCGUGGCGGCGGCGGCUGCCGGAGGUGUGGAGGAGGAGGAGGAGGCGGCGGAGAUGGAGGAGGAGAUGUGGAGGAGGUUCUCCAACAUGGGGUUCUGGAGGAGCCCUUCUAGGCAGGAGGAGGAAAGAUGUAAUGCCAUGCAAAGCUCGACUCUGCAAAAAUUUUAGCUGAAGUCGACGAGAAUUCCAUCUUUUCCCUUCGCCUCGUUGUAUACUAUCAUUGUUAUCAAAUACAUACGUCUUCGUACAUCUGCACUGGUUUGAGGUCGAUGGAGGAAGAUGAAAUACUUACCACGAGUGAGAACUUUGGUCUUAAAUAACAAUUGUAUAUGAGGAAUUCAAUCAAAACCAGUUUUUCUUUUGU